UCGUCCGUGAGCGCGGGGACAACACUUUUGUUGCAUUUUAUUCAAGAAAAGUCAACGAAAUUAACAAGAUGCCUGAAGAAAUGCACCAAGAGGAGGAGGUUGAGACCUUUGCCUUCCAGGCAGAGAUCGCUCAGCUGAUGUCCCUGAUCAUUAACACCUUCUAUUCCAACAAAGAGAUCUUCCUCAGGGAGUUGAUCUCAAACGCCUCUGAUGCUCUGGACAAAAUUCGCUAUGAAAGUUUGACUGACCCCUCCAAGCUAGACAGCGGCAAAGAUCUGAAAAUUGACAUCAUCCCCAACAAAGCUGACCGCACCUUGACCUUGAUCGACACCGGAAUUGGCAUGACCAAAGCUGACCUGAUCAACAACUUGGGCACCAUUGCCAAGUCUGGCACAAAGGCCUUCAUGGAAGCCCUGCAGGCUGGUGCUGACAUCUCCAUGAUUGGUCAGUUCGGUGUGGGUUUCUACUCUGCCUACCUCGUUGCUGAGAAAGUGGUUGUUAUCACCAAGCACAACGAUGAUGAGCAGUACGCCUGGGAGUCCUCUGCUGGAGGCUCCUUCACAGUCAAGGUUGACAGUGGUGAGCCUAUGGGCCGUGGAACAAAGAUCAUUUUGUACCUGAAGGAGGACCAGACUGAGUAUGUUGAGGACAAGAGAGUGAAGGAGAUUGUCAAAAAACACUCUCAGUUCAUUGGCUAUCCCAUCACCCUGUUUGUGGAGAAGGAACGUGACAAGGAGAUCAGCGACGACGAGGCAGAGGAGGAAAAAGCCGAAGAGGAGAAGAAGGAAGAGGAUGGCGAGGACAAACCCAAGAUUGAGGAUGUAGGAUCAGAUGAUGAGGAGGACUCCAAAGACAAGGACAAGAAGAAGAAAAAGAAGAUCAAGGAGAAGUACAUCGAUCAGGAAGAGCUGAACAAAACCAAGCCCAUCUGGACCAGGAACCCUGAUGACAUCACAAAUGAGGAAUAUGGCGAGUUUUACAAAAGUCUGACCAACGACUGGGAAGAUCACUUGGCUGUCAAACACUUCUCAGUUGAAGGCCAGCUGGAGUUCAGGGCCCUGCUGUUUAUUCCUCGUCGUGCACCUUUUGAUCUGUUUGAGAACAAGAAAAAGAAGAACAACAUCAAGCUGUACGUCAGGAGAGUCUUCAUCAUGGACAACUGCGAGGAGCUCAUCCCAGAGUACCUGAACUUCAUCCGUGGUGUUGUGGAUUCAGAAGACCUGCCCCUGAACAUCUCCAGAGAGAUGCUGCAGCAGAGCAAGAUCCUGAAGGUCAUCCGCAAAAACAUUGUCAAGAAGUGUUUGGAGCUGUUUGCAGAAUUGGCUGAGGAUAAAGAGAACUACAAGAAGUUCUACGAGGCUUUCUCAAAGAACUUGAAGCUGGGCAUCCAUGAAGACUCUCAAAACCGUAAGAAGCUGUCUGAACUGCUGCGCUACCACAGCUCCCAGUCUGGAGACGAGACAACCUCUCUGACAGAGUACCUGACCCGCAUGAAGGAAAACCAGAAGUCCAUCUACUAUAUUACUGGUGAGAGCAAGGACCAGGUGGCCAAUUCUGCCUUUGUUGAGCGUGUCCGCAAGCGUGGCUUCGAAGUUCUGUACAUGACCGAACCAAUCGAUGAGUACUGCAUCCAGCAGUUGAAGGAGUUUGAUGGCAAGACCUUGGUCUCUGUCACCAAAGAGGGCCUGGAGCUGCCAGAAGAUGAGGAGGAGAAGAAAAAAAUGGAGGAGGACAAGGCCAAAUACGAAAACCUCUGCAAGCUCAUGAAGGAGAUCCUUGACAAGAAAGUAGAAAAGGUGACCGUGUCCAACAGACUGGUGUCCUCUCCCUGCUGUAUUGUGACCAGCACUUACGGCUGGACAGCCAACAUGGAGAGGAUCAUGAAGGCCCAGGCGCUCAGGGACAACUCAACCAUGGGUUACAUGAUGGCCAAGAAGCACCUGGAGAUCAACCCUGAUCACCCGAUCAUGGAGACACUAAGGCAGAAGGCUGAAGCUGAUAAGAACGACAAAGCUGUGAAGGACCUUGUUGUCCUGCUGUUUGAAACGGCUCUGCUGUCCUCAGGCUUCUCCCUCGACGAUCCACAGACCCACUCCAACCGCAUCUACAGAAUGAUCAAGCUCGGCUUGGGCAUCGACGACGAUGACGUUCCAACAGAAGAGACGACUUCGACGUCCGUCCCAGAGGAGAUGCCCCCUCUGGAGGGCGAUGAUGAUGCUUCACGCAUGGAAGAAGUUGAUUAAACUCACCUCCCCUGACUUUAAACACUUUACUCAUCUUCCGGUAGUUAAUUCUUUUAAAAGUGCAGUAACUGUAAAUCAUUCCCGUGGUGCAGAGGACCAGUGUUUGGUACUGGAGCCUUGCGCUGCUAGACCGUUUGAGAAUUUUUUUUAUUUUUUUUUCUUUGCUGUGAAAGUUCAAGGUGACAUUCUUUAUUUUUUAAGUACUGUGGCUCCAACUUUAAUGUUUGUGUUAAAUGUCUGAAUACUGGACUGUUUGAUUCCAUUGUCUGUUGACGUCCAGGGGGUUUGGGGGGAAAUUCAGUUCAUGUGCAAUGCUGCAUGGAGAGAGGACUGUUCAAUUCUUUUGCCUGAGUUCAGGCUGGCCUGUAUUACAAGUCUUGUUUUUGCAAAGAAAAUAAACAUGUAAUACCUUG